CACCUGGGCAUCAUCACGCAGACGACGACGAAGGCUACGCAAGAUCAGCUGGUGUCAGUCUGUGUGUUCAGCAGCAGCAGUGCACUCUGGGAAAUAUACGAGGCUUGUCGGUCAGGAGAGAAACAUGCAGUCAAUAUUUGCAAAAAAUGGGUUGGAAACUCCAGAGCCGGUGAAAGCUCAAGUGAAAGGCUCCGUCCCGUCCUGGCUGCAGGGCACUCUGCUGAGGAACGGGCCGGGUCUUUUCUCUGUGGGCAGCUCCGAGUACAACCACUGGUUUGACGGCAUGUCGCUUAUCCACAGCUUCACCUUCGGCAACGGCGAGGUGACUUACAGAAGUAAGUUUCUGAAGAGUGACACCUACAAAAGGAAUAUCAAGGCCGACAGGAUUGUGGUCUCCGAGUUUGGAACCAUGAUCUACCCAGAUCCCUGCAAAAACAUCUUUUCUAGGGCAUUCACGCACCUCUGCAACGUCAUCCCUGACUUCACCGACAACAACUUGAUCAACAUCAUUCGCUAUGGUCAGGACUACUACGCCUCCUCUGAGGUCAACUACAUGAACCAGAUUGAUCCUGCUACCCUGGAAACUGUUGGCAGGAUUAACUACAGGAAUCACAUCGCUCUGAACUUGGCGACGGCUCACCCUCACUAUGACAACGAGGGCAACACCUACAACAUGGGCACCGCCAUCAUGGGCUUCGGCCGGCCAAAGUACGUCAUCUUCAAAGUCCCAGCUGAUGCUUCAGAUAAAGAGCAUAAGAAGCCGGCGCUGAGGAAAGUUCAGCAGGUCUGUUCGAUUCCUUUUCGUUCCACUUUGUUCCCGAGCUACUUCCACAGCUUCGGCAUGACCGACAACUACAUCGUGUUCGUGGAGCAGCCCUUUAAACUGGACAUCAUCAAACUGGCCACCGCGUACUUCAGAGGGGUCAACUGGGGGAGCUGCCUCAAAUUCAAUAAGGACGACAUUACGUUGUUUCACAUCAUCAACAGAAAGACAGGAAAGGCAGUGUCCACUCGUUUCUAUGGCGACGCCCUGGUAGUUUUUCACCACGUCAACGCAUACGAGGCCGACGGCCACGUGGUGUUUGACCUAAUCAGCUACAAGGACAGCAACCUGUACGACAUGUUCUACAUCCAGAACAUGAAACAGGACACCAGCAGCUUCAUCCAGUCCAACAAAAGCUUCUGUCCGCCGGUCUGCCAGAGGUUCGUCCUGCCUCUCAACGUCCACAAGGAGUCUCCCAGAGGAUCUAACUUGGUGACUCUGACGGACACGACGGCCCAGGCAGUGAUGCAGGAGGACGGCUCCAUCUACUGCCAGCCAGACGCUCUGUUUGAAGGUCUGGAGCUGCCAGGCAUCAACUACAACUUCAACGCUAAAAAGUACAGGUACUUCUACGGCUCCAGGAUGGAGUGGUCUCCACAUCCCAACAAGAUCGCCAAGUUUGACAUCGUCACCAGGAAACACAUCGAGUGGCGGCAAGAGAACUGCUUCCCUUCAGAGCCGGUGUUUGUUGCGUCUCCGGGAGCCGUGGAGGAAGACGACGGGGUGAUCUUAUCGUCUGUCAUCUCUUCGGAUCCGAACAUCUCUCCGUUCAUGCUCGUCCUCGACGCCAAAACAUUCGAGGAGCUCGCCCGAGCCUCCAUCCCCGCCAACGUCCACAUGGACCUUCACGGAUAUUUCAUCCCGGCCGCCGUCUGACGGCCAACAUACCGGCCGGAUUAAUUAUUUAUUCCUUUACGUAAAUUCUGUAAUAUUCUGCUUCUGUAAUGGAGUCUACCUCUUUACAGUUUUUAACUUUAGGACGCAAAAAGAGAAUAUGAACCCAAAACAUGAGAAGGCACUUGAGUCGCUUUCUUUAGUUCCUCUUUUUACAUUUUUAUUUCUUUUAUACACAUUUUACAAGACUGAUUCAUUAACUUACAGCCAGAUUUCCAUUAAACUUCCUGACCCCCUUCGUGACCCCCAGAGGAUGAACCCUUUAGAUUUUAAUGGCUCCAUCACCUGCUCUAUAGCGCCGUCCUCAGGACAGAUUCUGCAGUAAGUGGCAGCAGAUUUUUUUAGAUAACAUUUUUGUUUUUUAGCAAGACAUCUUUUCUUUAUCAAUACGCCACCUAAGCCAAGUGUUAACAUGUUUUUACGCACAUUAAGAGACAAGGAAGAUUCUUCUCAAACAUGUUUUCUGAAGAAUCCUUCGCCUUUUUGUUCCACACCAACAUCAGUGUAGUUAAACAUUUUGCUCAGCAGCUUCUUUCCAGAUCUCUUAAGAUUGAUAUUGGAAUGAAUUUGCUGAUAUGUCAAACAUAAUCAGCAAACAAUAAUCGUGCCGCUUCCACAGCUCCUCCGGCCGCCGUCCUUCACUGUUAAAUUUUAAGCCUGCAGGUUGUCGAGGAACAAUUAUUGCUUCCGCAUCAUCCUGAGUGAAUGAUAUUCAGGCUGCAGAUACUCAUCAAAUUAAAUUAAACAAACAGCCUCAUGUGGUUGUGUUCGUACAACACUUUUCAUGUAGAGUUUUACAUUAAACAUAUAGCUUUUUGUCUGGGUCUUUAAAGGCUUGUACCAUUAUUUACAGUUUUAGACUAACUUUACAUUCUGUUAUGUUCCUGUUGAGUAGAAAAACUAAAUUGUCAUGGGAAACUAAAACUCUGCUGCAAGCUCUGUAAGGCAAUGUGCUGCUUUGAUCGAACUCGACUUCUUCUGCAAUCAUUUUACUUGUGACGAGUACAACAAUCCUACAUAAACAGUAAAAAUGUCCCACAUUGAA